AUCUUGGCUCUGCCCCCAACAAUGGAAAGAGCAUUGAAGGAGUCAAUGGCUGAACAGAAUCAUACCACAGUGACAGAGUUCAUUCUCGUUGGCUUUACUGACCAUCCCAAGUUGGGAGUUAUUCUCUUCCUGGUGUUUCUUAGUUUCUAUCUCAUCACCCUGCUGGGCAACAUGGGCAUGGUCCUAUUGAUUCGCUUGGAUGCCCAUCUCCACACCCCCAUGUACUUCUUCCUGAGCCACCUCUCUCUCUUGGAUGCCUGUUACUCUUCAGUCAUUGUUCCUCAAAUCUUGGUCACCCUGGUUAUUGGCAAGACAAAUGUCUCCUAUUACUGUUGUGCUACUCAGUUCUUCUUUUUCACAAUCUGUGCUGGCACUGAGUGUUUUCUGCUAGCAGUGAUGGCCUAUGACCGUUAUGUUGCCAUUAGCAGUCCCCUCCUGUACUCAUCAGCCCUGACACCUGGUACCCGUUGGGGCUUAGUGGCAGGGGCCUAUAGUGGUGGUUUAUCAGGAGCCAUCCUCCGCACAGCCUGCACAUUCACACUUUCUUUCUGUGGGCCGAACCAGAUCAACUUCUUCUUCUGUGAUCUCCCACCUCUGCUGGAGCUUUCAUGCAGUGAUACCACCACCAGCCAAAUACUGAUUCUGUUCUUUGGCAACUUUGUGAUUUUGGCCAAUGCUCUAGUGAUCCUAGUGUCCUAUUUGUUUAUCAUCAGGGCCAUCUUGCAUGUAAAGUCAGUUGGAGGCAGUGCCAAGACCUUCUCCACCUGUGCCUCCCAUCUCACAGCGGUGAUGCUCUUCUUUGGGACCCUCACAUUCAUGUAUAUGCGCAGCAACUCAAAUAAAUCACUUGAAGAGGACAAGGUGGUGUCUGUCUUCUACACUGUGGUCAUCCCCAUGCUGAACCCUUUCAUCUACAGCCUGAGGAACAAGGAGGUGAAAGCUGCCUUCAGAAAAGUCAUCAAUAGACUCCGCGUCUCCCAGGAGAUGUAG